UUGAACAGAGAGAGGCAGAUUAAAAAAGAAGUAAAAAUAUAUAAUAGCAUCAAAGUAACAUGUUGACAUCCUUGUCAAUCAAUUAGAUUUUUAAAACCACGCUAUACAUGUUAUUAUAUUAUUAUUAUUUCCUGAAUUUGGCAGGCAAAAUUAGUAUUUGAGUUGAAUCAAUUGAAAAAAUAUAGAAAACUCCCGCAAUUCAGUAAUGGAAGAAGAUAAUAACUGUACUACCAUAGUGAAAUGUAAUAUGUGCUGCAAAAUACCCGAAAUUGUCCCAUUAUAUCAGUGUCCUAUAGAACAUCAAUAUUGCAUGGAUUGUCAUUUGAAAUUGCGAGCAAGUUGCAAUGAGUCCUUUCAAAACGGGGCCACUUGUGUUGUUUGUAAAGCUACGGGAAUAUUCACUCAAAGUAAGAUUAAUGCGGAUUGUUUGGAUAAAAUAAAAUCUAGACCAGGCGUUGGAAGACCUUAUGGAUAUAACGUUAAAAAAAUCGCCGAUGAAGAUUCUGAACAUUCAAGGCCAUCGACUUCAAAGCUGCAUGUACAAGAAAUUGAGCCAAGUAUAACUCUUGAGAGUUUAUUGGGUCGACCAUCAGAAAAGCUGAAAUUAUUGUUGAACAGGAAGACCAGAAACCCUGAAGCAGUGCAAUCAAACGAACCACAUUGCUCAUCACUUGAAGCCACAUCUCUUUUGCCAAGACCAAACUCUGCACACAGCAUUUUACAACAAUCCAAAAUACCAAUAAAAUGUCCACAUGGGUCUUGCAAAAAAAUGAUAACCACUUCUGCGUUGAUUUCACACUUCAAACAUGAUCAUACAAACAUUCCCUCUCGUGAUAUAAGAAGAGCGAGGGAAUUGUGCCUUACAUUAAAUGUUACAGAUAUAAAACAUAACAAUCAUCAUUGUUUAGGAAUGAUAACUGUAUAUGAACCCAAUAAAACUGUCGUAAAUACUUGCAAACAGUAUACCCCUGUGGAUUCAUUUUGGCUAAUGGUGACAGGUUGUCUUGGACCUAAUAAUGAUGCUCUAGUUAUCAUUUGGUUGUUUUGUCCUUGCAAGGAAUCUUAUCAUACUACAAUUGAACUAAGUUCAAAAUCAGGUACGAUGGCAUUUUCUACGUACUGCGAAGUACACACUUCUGCUCAAAAUUUGGAAUUUGAAGAUAUUGCUAGUAAGCUGCACUGCUUGUUGUUAAGUAGGACUUCAAUAGUUGCCUUACUAGAAGAUGGACCUGAACUGGAUUUAAUGAUAAUCAUACAUUGAGUAAUGGAAUAAAAUUUGAAGUAUUAUAUUUGAUGUGAAAUCAAUAAAAUAAAUUUAAAAAUUUUAAUAAUUAGUAUUUCAUGUGUAAUUUUAG